AUACCAAUGUCAUCCAAUUAGAUGAUUAGAAUGUAGAUCGAGUUAUCUAUCAUAGACUGAAUCGUGCGAGUCAAAUAUUGAUUAAGUUGAAUUAUUUUAUCAAUCAUAUCUUAUGGUUUGAUAAAGGCAUGAUUGAUAAAAUAAUUUUAAUUAAUUUAGUGUUUGGUUUGCAUGAUUCAGCACGUGACGAUUAACUCGGUCCGCACUCUAAUAAUUCAAUCGGAUAAUAAUUGGAGAGGGAGUGACACUAUCCUCUAAUCCUAUCAAUCUUAUCUAUCUCAUCCGUCAAACCAAAUGCCAUAUAAUAAUUGGAGAGGGAGCUAGUGGCACUAUCCAAUCCAACAUGAUCUUUUACUUAAUCCACUAAAGCAAUAAUAAGAAAUUCAGGAGAGAAACAAAACUCGAGAGAGCGAUCAACAUGGCAGCGGAGGCGGCGAUCUCAUCUGCGGUGGAACUGCUGGGCAAUCUGCUCAUCCAGAAGGUGAAAUUCCUGCGAGGCGUUAAGAGAAAUGUGGAGUUGCUGAGAGACGAGCUGAAGAGGAUGCAAUCCUUUCUCAAAGACGCCAACAAAAAGCAAUUUGAAGACGAGAGGGUGCGUAAUUGGAUAUCGGAGAUGCGAGAGGUGGCUGAGGAUGCUGAAGAUACCGUCGAGAUGUUCCUUCUCAACGUCGAGAACUCGAAGAGCAAGGGGCUUCUCAAACGAUGCACUAGGUUCGCGAAGCGUAUGUACCAGCUCAACAGAAUUGGGGAUGAGAUUGAGUCAAUCCGUGCUAGGCUCGACGCCAUUGACAAAAGCCGCGAGAGGUACGGGAUUAAGAGUCUCGAAGAGGCGGCGGAUUCUACGCGGAGGUCUCAAGUUGAACUGCGGCGGCAGCUGGCUCACUGGGAAAAAGACGAACACCUGGUGGGUAUGGAAGAUGAUGUGAAGAAGCUGCUGCGAGAAUCGAUUAUGGAUGAGAAGAAAGGGCAUUCGGUUGCGGUUAUACAAGGCAUGGGGGGAAUUGGGAAAUCGACACUUGCCCGGGAGAUAUACAACCACCCCGACGUCGUUGCUGGUCGAUUCGAGUGCCGUGGCUGGGUUGUAGUUUCAAGUGAAUUUACUCCGCAAGAGACGAUCAAGCAGCUAAUCUUGGAACUGCCCGGCUCAGAUGGGAAAAAGCUGCGUGAAUUGGAGGAGACGACCAAAGACGAGACAUACCUUAUACGAAAGCUUCAGGAAAUGCUUCACCAGCAGCUGCAGGGCAAAAAUUACUUGAUAGUUUUGGACGAUGUGUGGGAGCAGCAACAUUGGCAAAAUUUGAAGAGUGCUUUCCCCAUUGAACAAGAUAAAACAAGCAGAUUAUUGAUUACAACUCGCAACAAGAUUACUGCGAAGGAUGAUCAAUAUGUGCAUAAGAUGGAGCUUCUAACUCCCGAGCAAAGCUGGGAAUUGUUGUUGAAGAAGGCAUUCAUUGAUGGCAAAUGUGCUGAAGAAUUAAGGAGUGUAGGGGAACAAAUCUUGGAAAAAUGCGAUGGUCUACCAUUAGCUAUCAGCGUGGUAGGAGGCUUACUCGUGGAAACACAAACCAAGAGUGGAUGGCAACAAGUUCUCAACCAAAUAAACUCUUACUUGGAUAAACCCGAAAGCAACGUUCCGAGAAUUUUGGAGUUGAGCUAUCAGAAUCUGACUCCACAAUUGAAGUCAUGCUUCUUGUGCUUAGCUUUUUUCAAGGAAGACUCCAUUAUCCCUGCAAAAAGAGUGAUAGAUAUAUGGGCUGGAAUGAGCUUGAUCAAACAGGAAGGGAAAGCGACAAUUGAUGAGAUAGGAAGAGGCUACUUAAAUGAGCUGAUCAAUAGGAGCAUGGUUCAGAAUAUCGAACAGGAAGGGAAAGCGACAAUUGAUGAGAUAGGAAGAGGCUUCUUAAAUGAGCUGAUCAAUCGGAGCAUGGUUCAGAAUAAUGCUGGUUUCAUCAACGAUGAUCGAGUAAAUCAUUGUCGCCUCCAUGAUCUUCUUCGCGAGGUAUGCUUAAGCAAAGCAGGGGGCGAAAUGGGUGUGAAGAUUGUGAAGGGGGAGGAUGGGGUUUCAUCUGGAUCGUCGUGCAGAACUCGUCAUCGUGUUGUCGAUGACAAAAAUCUUGAGAUUUUCUCAUCGGAUCAGAAUAAGCAUAUUCGCUCCCUUUUCAUCCUUAAUGUCAGCCGCGAAGGGAUCGAUGUGAGGACUCCAUCUAAUUACUGGAAGAGCUUUCAACUCCUUAAGAUACUCGACCUCGAUGGCUUUGGGUUCCCAACAUUGCCCGAAUCUCUUCGCUUCUUGGUCGGAUUGAAGUGCUUGAGAAUACGUAGAGAUCAGAGUUUGUUUGGUUAUUUCGUACUCACACUCCCGAGCUGGUUCGAUCACCUUAAAAAGCUCGAGGUUCUUGACGUGGAGACGGAGGUUGUGCUGUUCCCAGAUGAGGCCCUGAAACUGGAAAGACUGCGUCACUUUCACGCCUAUCUUGUCGAUGGCAAACCGAUGAGCAUAGACAAUUGGAAAAAUAUCGAGACUUUGAAACGAAUCAGGCUUAAGGAUUGGCUGGAAAUCAGUUCAACACUAAUGGCUAGUUGUCAAGUUCGUGAAUUGGGCAUAUAUAUAAACGAAAUCAAAGAAAAUUGCAAUUUCAGCGCGGGGAAAGCGUCGCUAGAGAAGAUGACGAAUCUUGUGGAACUACACCUAACAAUCGAUCAUUCGUUAUCAGUAAAAAAAAUUAUUCCCAAUCUCGACAGUCUCACUAGACUAAUAUUGGAUGGUGGGAUGCUCACAUGUCCAGCUGCGAGUGUGUUCCCUCCAAAUCUUUCUCACCUUGUGUUGGCCAACCUAGAUGAUGAUCCGAUGGAAGAGUUGGGGAAGCUGCCUAAGCUACAGUACCUCACGUUGUCGAAUCCGAUAAAACCUUACAUUGGUUGCAGGAUGAAAGUAUUGCAUGAUGGGUUCCCUUGCCUCAAAUCCCUCUCCCUCCGAAGGCAGGGUUUUCUGACACGGAUCGAUAUCGAAGCAGGUGGAAUGCCGUGUCUCAAACAACUCCAAAUCAUAGAUUGCCCAUAUUUGAAGACUGAGAAUCUGCCCAAACACAUCAUCAUAUCAGUUGCAUAAGAUGGUGGUUAGUUUUGUCAUGUUUAUUGCACCUUUAAAGUGGUAUGUAUGCCUCAUUUGAGACCCUGACUUUAAUUUCAUCGGACUUGGAAUGUACUUAACUUUGUCUCUAUUAUUUCAUGUUAUGCAUGCUCUCUCGUUGAAACUAUAUAAUUUAUGAAAAUGUUGUUUGUUAUUAUUACUAUU